CACGUGGUUCUCGUUCCUCGGAGAAAAUAUAUAGCCUAUAACAUUCUUUGAUAAAUGGACUGUCUAACACUGAAAGAAUUUUUCAAAUCGGACCAGUGGUUCUUGAGAUUAGCGCGUUCUAACAAACUCUUCAGCUUUAUAAUAUUAUAAAGUAUAAACUACUGGAUAAUGAUGAAUAUUGGGUAUUACAAUUACAAGGUUAUUUCUUUUGGAACAAAGACAAGUUUUAUCAUUUAAAAUGUUCGUGUUUCUUUGUGGGGCUGAGUAUACUUCUAUAAUAAUUAGAUUCAAAUUCUAGGUAGUUUUGGACCAAUUAAGAUUUAAAUUUUAAACAUAUUUAAAUUAACUCGAAAACAAAUUUCUUAGUAGCAAAGAUGUUUGAGAGAUAAUGAUUUUACAGUAAAAGACUAAGCAGCCACCACUUUUACGUGACUUCUUUAUUUCUUUUAAAUUAAUUCAAUUCAUUAUUUUAAAAUUUUAUGACAUAGGAACCUGACUAGACUUCGUCUCUAAAUAAUUUCAUUUUAGUUUUAAAGUUAAGAUUUUAUAUGACAUUAACUUACGGACUGAUAAAUAUGUUAUGUGAAUAAACAAAUAUUGUACAUAUGUGAUAACUGUUUAAGAUAUUAUUAAUAGUUGAUGUUUAUUUAAAUGUUCAUUAUUAUGUGGUUUAUAAAUAUAAAUAAGUGGUAAAACUAUUGGUGUCUUAUUAAUAGUUAAUUGCUAAAACAGUAAGCGAAUGUGGUCAGUUAUAAAUUUCAAGUUUGGAGAAUAUUGACCAGUAAAAUUUUAUCUUCGACAGAGUGUCAGCCUCCUUUAGAAUUUGUUAGUGUGAUAGUUUUUAAUAAUAUUGAGUCAAAAAAUUUUCAACCUAUUAGGUACCUUUAAUUGCAAACCUUUAUGGAAUUUUAAAUAAACGUGUAGACAUGAAAUAUUUAUCUGACUGUUUAUUUUUAUUCAUAUGGAUUUUAUAUGCACCUGUGGAGAGUACUUCCCAUGGAUUACGAAGGCAUUGCGAUUUAUCCACCCCUGUGUGUUUGCGAAAAUUAGUUCAGGAUGUCGUGCCUUUUUUCGUAAAUGGAAUACCGGAGCGUGGUAUUUCGUCACUGGACCCUUUAACGGUUGAGAAUCUCAAUAUAGUUCUCUCGGGAGGGAUAGCUAUUGAUAUCCAUGAAGGUUUUACAAGAGGUCUUCGAAAGUGUCACGUUGAUUCAGCACGGAAUAUCGAUGGAACUCAUUAUGAAGUGAAACUUAGUUGCAAUUUACUUAUAAAGGGUAAAUAUAAAUCAAAAGGACAAUUGCUUAUGUUUGCGAUCGAUGCGGAAGGCGAUUCGACUAUCAAAUGUAAAGAUUUAAAGAUGACCGCCACUUUUGAAUUAGUGCCUAUUACAAAAUCAGAUGGAAAGCAAUACAUGAAGAUACAGGAUUUUAAUUCAACGCACGAUUUCGAAGGCAAAGUUAACUUUCAUCUGACGAACCUUUUCCCAGGGAAUCCAGAAAUGAGUGAAUUUGUAUUGAAAUUUUUGAAUGAAAACUGGCGGCUAGUAGUCGAAGAGUUUGGAGGACCAUUUAUAGAAUUCGGCGUCAAGAGUGUUUUGAACAACGUAGAAAGAAUAUUUGAUCAAAUACCUGCGUUGGAACUCGCACAAAUGUUUAUAAAUUAGGAUGUUUCUUA